AUGAUGGGCAUUCGCAACUCAGUUUCUUCUAGGUUUCGACAAUCAUGUCCAGGUAUUGUAAUUAUCAAAUGCAUCUGCCACUCGCUACACCUGUGUGCUAGUGAUGCCGCUAAAGAAAUACCAUCAGAAUGUGAACAACUGGCACGCGACGUUUACAAUCGUUUUAAAUCGAGCAGCAAACGCCAAAGUCAGUUUAAGGCUUUUCAAAAUUUCCUCGAGGUUGAUGUACACAAAAUACUACGUCCAGCCCAAACAAGAUGGCUAUCGCUAUCAUCGGUUGUAGACCGAUUGCUGGAACAAUGGGACGCACUACGUCUCUAUUUCGACAGUAAAUGGUUAGAUGAUCGCGAAUGCAGGGAAAUCCACAAACGACUAAAUGACCCAAUAAUCAAAGCCUACUACUAUUUUCUGUCAUGGAUGUUACCCAAAUUUGCAAAUGCAAAUGCUUACUUUCAAAGUGAAAGUACUGUUAUCACAGAAAUGCACACUAAAAUGAGAGACUUAUAUAGAAAUCUGAUAAAACUUGUGAUGCAACCGGAGUGCAUGCUCGAUGACAAGUUCGACAAAAUUGAUCCUACCAACGAAAAUCUUUAUCUGAAUCUCGAUGACAUAUAUCUUGGUCUCGGCGUCCGCAAACAAAUAUCGCUACCUGAAGUGGCCAAUAAUGAAAAUGACAUACGUGAGUUCAGCACUCAAGAGCCUUGGAGAGAGUGGCAGCUGCUGACGUGGACGAAGAAGUUGUGCAGGGGGCGCUGGGUCGAGGCAACCAAUCUCAGCGGUGGUUGCAACCGGCCGCCACUUCCUCAACUUCUCGACCAGGUGUACCCAUUGCCAUGGAAGAGCUUCCGAAUGAAGUUCCUUCAUUUUGCAGACAAUUCUAUUCAGGAUAGUUUGCAAACUGAAAAAAUGUCACCAAAAUUAAAAAAGAUUGAACCUAUUCUUUCCCAUUUAAAUAACAAAUUUGAGUCUUUGUAUAUUCCAGAAGCUAAUAUUAAUGUUGAUGAGUCGCUUACAUUGUUUAAGGGUCGUUUAUCAUGGAAGCAGGCCAUUAGAUCGAAGGCAGCUCGAUUUGGCAUUAAGUCCUACGAGCUAUGCGAGUCUCGCACUGGAUACAUGUAUAGGUUUAAAAUUUAUACGGGGAAAGAAGAUAAUGCCAGUGUUGAUACUAGUACUACAGAUUUGGGUGGUAAGGCAACAAAAGUUGUCCUAGGCCUCAUCAGAGGCCUCGAGGGAGCUAAUGAUGUAUAUCUAUCGAAGUGGUUUGCAUCUGAAUAUUUUACUUUUCUAAAUGAUAAGGACAAACCUCUGCCAACAACGGAGACUGCUGUAAGUAAUUACGAUUAG